GAGGCAAGAGAGGGACAGAGAGAGAGAGACUUUCAUGUAGGAGUGCAGCAUUGCUCUCCACUUCUCUAAAAACACCUGUUGGACGCCAUCAAACCACUUCCACUUCUAUUUUAAUUCAAUUUGGAUCAUUACAGAAAGUGGACGGUACUUUUUUCUCGUUGGUUUGGCUCAGUAUGGUGAGCGGAAAGCUUGACACCGAGGCGACAGGCUUCAGCUCAAAGGACACUGCCAUGUGAACAGGGCUGCUGGGUGAAGCUCAAACACCGAGAUGGAGCUAAAGGUAUGGGUGGAUGGGGUACAGCGUGUUGUCUGUGGCCUCUCUGAAGAGACAUCCUGUCAGGAUGUGGUCAUUGCCUUGGCUCAGGCUAUAGGCCAAACAGGUCGCUAUGUCCUCGUCCAAAAGCUGAGGGACACAGAGCGUCAGCUUGUUGCCAAUGAGCGCCCUCUGGAAUCCCUGGCCAAACUGGGCCAGUUGAGCAGCGAGGUACAGUUCAUUCUUCGGCGCACUGGCCCCACCACCAGUGAAGGCUCUGACCUGGACCAAGCUCCUGCCUUGCCCAAGUUUCAGGAGCCAGAGCCUCCUAAGAGGAAUGAGCCCAAAAAGUCUCUCACUUUCAACCUGGGACCUACAACUUCAGCACAAACGCGUAGUAAGCAGUUCAAAAAGGUGCCUAGAGACUCUCCAGAGCUAAGGGCACCCUCAGGUCCUUCGUCGUCCCAUGCCCAAUCUGGUCCAUCCAAAGAGGAGAUUUUCCGGCAGGUUCUUCAGCAGCAAGGGAAGCUGCAGACACUCCAGGCUCAACUGGAGACACUUGAACAGCAAGUGUGGACUUUGGAGCAACCUCCACCUCCAAUCCUGUCCCCUGGACUUCUAGAGGAGAUGGACCAUCUGGGGGAGGCUUUUAGAUGCAAUGAGGCCGAACUGGCCCACGGGGAGUACUGGGAGUCGGAGUAUCUCUCCGAGGUUCAGAGUGAACAGAGUAUGCUGAAGCAGCUGAGGAAUAUCCAUGCAGCCCUGGACGAGCACAACCAGAGGAUACAUGAAACAGAGAACCAGUCUGGGAGAUUACAACGAGACAUCCAGCUUCAAGCAGAAAACAGGAAGAAUGGUAUGCGUCAUGCGCGAGCCAGCAUAGAGGAAUCUAUGGGGCAGGUGAGGGGACAGCUGGACACGGCACACCGGCAUGGUUCUGAUUUGGGUUCAUCCAUUGAGGAGACAGAAAAGGCUCUCAAGAUGGCAGAAGAGCUGCUGCAGGCUAAGAGCAAAGAGCUGGACGAGCUGAAUAAGGAACUACGCCAGUGUAACCUGCAGCAGUUCAUCCAGCAGACAGGACCUCCAGUCCAAAACAGUGUCCAGACAGAUGAUGAUAUAGCUCACCUCAUGCCUGACGGACAGAGCGAUGAAGACUCAAAUUUCUCAGUGUUGGAAUUUAACCCCCGCACCACUGCCAAGCAGAUCCUGGGGAACCCUCGCAGUCUACAAAACCCACUGGUCUCCAGUCUCCAUCCUGAGGUCUUGUCAUCCAGAGAGGUGUCAUGGCGAUAAAGCUGGGAUUGCAAGCCUGAGGAUCUGUUCACUGUUCACUUUAUAUGAAAUCUACAUAAUUUUGUCCUAAUUAAGAAUGUAUUUUCAUUUUUUUUUACUAUUCUACAAAAUCAGAUUGUGAAAAUGUUGUGUAAGCUUAAACACGUCUAUGUAAAUACUGUGCUCUCUUUGUAAUUAUUAAAUAGAUUAAGACAACUGUUGAAUGUAUUUUGUAAAACCUUGUAGUUUCUUCCAUGAUUUCUAAAUACAUGUAUGUGCAUCAUUAAACAGUUGCUAUACAACGUC